AUGGCAGCAUCAUCUAUGCAAAUCUUGGCGACUAUUCAAGCUAUUCAGACUGCUGAAAUUUCACUUGUUCGAAUAAGUUCACCAAUUCUUAUGAUAUUUGGUUAUAAUAUUGAUCCAGCAAGAACAUCGAUGAUAUUUUGCAAAUUUAAAUUCUAUCUUACCUUUUUAACGGCUAUUCUAUCAUUGAGUUUUAUUAUUUUAGCAUGUUUUGAUCGAUUAAUGUUGAGUUCAUUGAGUGUAAGAACGCGUUCAUGGAGUCAACCACGCUUUGCUUGGCGAGCAAUAGUUUGUACAUCAAUUUUUUGGAUAGUUUUUUCUAUUCAUGCUAUAAUUGGUACAACCAUACUUUCAGAAUCUGGUUAUUCUUAUUGUUACAUUGAACAAGGUACUUAUACAAUUUGUAUAACGUUGUAUGCAACUAUUAUAAAUUAUCUUUUACCACCAAUUCUCAUGACAAUUCUUGGUAUGUUUACCAUUUUUAAUGUUCGACGAACACAAAGACGAGUUCAUUCAAUAACAACAAAUCAUGGAUAUACACAUCGAAAAGAUCUACAUCUGUUACGUACUGUAAGUUGUAUAAUCAACUUAAUUGUUUUUACACAGAAGAAUCUACGACGAAGUCCAUGUACAAUCUAUUUUAUUGCAUACAAUAUUAUGAAUUUUCUUUAUAUUUAUACAGCAUUACUGACUUUGGUAGUAACUGCAGGAUAUAGAAUUGAUCUUACUAUGUACAAUUUGGCUAUUUGUCGUUUACGUCUUUAUGUAACUAUUUUAUUCAAUUGUUUAAGUCCAUUUUAUUUAGUUUUAGCUUCGAUUGAUCGAGUUUUCAUUACAUCACCAAAUGCUCAUACACGGCAACGAAGCACACAUCGUUUUGCUUAUAUGUGUAUUGGUAUUGGAACAUUAUUUUGGUCAUUAUUUCAUACUCAUUUAUUGAUUACUUCAACUAUUGUACAAAUUGCUCCUAAUACUUUCCUUUGUACUCUUCAACCUGGUUUUGAGACUACAUUUGGAGGUUAUUAUUCUCUUCUCGAACAAAUUUUAUCGUUUUCAUCACUGAUUAUACUUGGAUUAUGGUCAAUAAAGAAUAUUCGAAAUAGUGCUCGUCGUAUUACAGAUAUUCCUCAUUUAUCUAUGACUGGAAGAACUCUAGAAAAUCGUGCUCAUUCUACUUCUGCAAAAGAUCGUCAACUUAUCUUUAUGUUACUUAUGGAUGUCAUUAUUUAUGCUUUAUUUAGUUUUGUAUUUGCAAUCUUUCUUAUGUAUCAACAAAUCACACAAUAUCACAUAAAAAGUAAUCAACAAGUACAAAUUGAAAAUAUUAUUAGAUAUCUAUGUUUAUUUAUUACUGGUAUUCCAUUCUGUAUUAGUUGUUAUGCAAAUUUAAUUGUAUCAAAAACUUUUCGAAAUGAAGUUAAGAAAGUUAUUUUUCGACAAUAA